AUGGCCGCCGCUUCCACCCCCGAGACCUCCCUUCUCUCUCUCCUCUACCGCUCCUAUCCCGCAGCCGUCUCACCGGACGCCACGGAGCCCGAUCUGCUUCACGCCAGCCCGAAGAUCUUCCCGCAAAGCACCUUCGGCGAGACCGAACAGGCGGACAUCAAGCAAUGGCUGGAUACGAUUUCAGGCCUGAAGACUGCCCUUACACAAGAUGACAAAACUGCUGUCGGCACGACACUGGGUCAGCUGAACACCCAUCUCUCGACAAGGACAACCCUGCUGGGUGCGAAGCCAUCCGUUGCGGAUAUCGCGCUCUACGCGCUUCUUGCGCCCGUCAUUGAGAAGUGGACGCCCGAGGAGCGCACUGGCGAGAAGGGAUAUCAUCACAUCGUGAGACACAUCGACUUCGUGCAGAACGGAGAGCUGUUCGGUCUGCGGAUCCCGGACGAGGAAAAGGUCGCUAUCAACCCUGACGAAGUGAUAUUCGUGCCCAAGCCCAUCGACCCGAAGGAGGAGAAGGAGCGAAAGAAGAAGGAGAAGGAGGCUGCGGCUGGAAAGCCCCUAGUUGUCGGCCAGACCCUGGCUGAGAAGGCUAAGGCUACUAUCGCGGAGACUGUUGAGUCUGCUAGGGACGCCAAGAAGGUGAAGAAGGAGAAGAAAGAAAAGAAGGAGAAGCAGCCCAAGGCUGCACCAGCUCCUGCUGCAGCUCCUACCCCAUCCGUGAUCGAUCUCCGUGUCGGUCAUAUUCUCCGCGCUAUCAACCACCCCAACGCCGACUCUCUCUACGUCUCCACCAUUGACUGUGGUGAUGCCCCAGGUACCGAGAACACCUCAACAGAUGAAGAAACCGGCAAGACCGUCCGUACGGUCUGCUCGGGUCUGAACGGCCUUGUCCCGCUCGAGGAGAUGCAGGGCCGCAAGGUCGUCACUGUCUGCAACCUUAAGCCCGUUACCAUGCGUGGUAUUAAGUCUUGCGCGAUGGUCCUGGCUGCGUCGCCGCGCGUCGCUGAAGGCGAAGACUCUCACGCCGGUCCCGUCGAACUGGUCAACCCGCCCGCUGACGCCCCUGCCGGUGAGCGUGUCUUCUUCGAGGGCUGGAGCGAGGGUGAACCCGAGAAGGUUCUGAACCCGAAGAAGAAGCUGUGGGAGACCUUCCAGCCCGGUUUCACGACCACUGACAACCUCGAGGUUGCCUUUGACAGCACCGCUGUUCCUGUACUGCAAGCUGGCGAGCCCAGCCCAGCAGCUGGAAAGCCUACUGUUGGCAAACUUGUUACGAAGUCUGGCGGCGUCUGCACAGUGAAGAGCCUGAAGGGCGCCACUGUCCGGUAAUGCAUGGGAUUUCUACAAGCAGGAAGGGGAAGAAUGAGAUGAAAAAUCUAUACAGCUAAAUCGAGCACUAUGGGACGUGGAUAAAUCAGGAAAUCGCGGUGUGGUCACUCGUCAGUUUGUGUCAAGUCCUUUAUGACUUCUAUUUAGCCCAACGUUAUGAUACCUUAAAAAAAUAAAAAUAGACGAAGGCCACCGAACCAAACAGGUACCGAGUAAAGUAAGCUAAAUCCCUU